CAAUUUUUCCAAUAUUUGGUAUUUCUACAAUACUUUAUUUAUGCCAUUGCAAUGUUUUAAUGUAGUUUUGAUUAUAUUCUGGUCGACCAUUUUGCAGUAGUGCGACAGUUGGAUCAGUAAAAUAUUAGUUCUAUUUACGUUUGCGUUGACGAAAGACGUUAGGUAUUUUUUACGUUUCUUCUAGUAAGUAGCCAAAAACGGGAAAUAGUACAGUUUAUUUUCUCAGCGCUAAACUAUCUUUGACGUCAGUAACAAAUCAGGCAUGCGCAUUCGUGCUGUUGCGGCGGUGUGUUUUGGGUAACACAGCGCCUCUAUGUGGACACAAAUCGUGUCCGAACUGUCAGAGUGAGAGCAUGUGCUCGUCUGUUAUGGUUUGACAGACAGCAGGUAGAAAAUGCUACAAAUUCUGGUUAGAACGUUUCAACAGGUCGAUCGUGGCCAUUUUAGCUGCUAUUCACCGCUGAUGUGAUAUGUUUUAGCCGUUAGCCGACGCCGUGAUAAAUAGCUGACAGCAGCAACAUGGGGUGAGUGGUCUGCGACCAAAACACGGAGUCAUUUUAUUAUUUUAGAAUUUACACCGUUCCACUACCACCGGCGGCUAAAGUCAUGAGCUCCACGACCGCGUCCACGUCGUCAGAGACUACAGGGCUUGGUGGAGGAGUGAGCCGGGACAGCAGCGUCAGUAGCCAGCUGCAGAGGCUGUGUGCAGUGCCAGGAUCUGAACCCAACCGAGUGAACGACUUGCUGCUGGUGCGGCCUGAUACCGAGGAGCAGAGCUGUUCGUGGGCGGAGGGGAGAAGUGGGAACAACAGGCAUGUGGUGUUUUUCCACGGAGACAUCCAGAACUUUCAGGAGGAGAUGGCUCUCCGGCCUGAGGGGGUCCAGUGGGUCUCCUGGAGUCUGGAGCAGGUGGCCCUGCAUCUGAGCCGACGUUUCCCUGGCCGAUACAUCUGGGUGGUCAAAGCCUCACGCAUGUAUCUCCACAAGUUCAGCUGCUACUGCAACUUUGUGGAGAGCAACAUGUUCGGAGCGCCGGAGUACUCGUCGGACUUCGGGGCGUUUGUCCACCUCAGGGCUCUGCUCAUCCAUGGCAUGGAGAGAGCCAACCUCCGGCCACAGGGAGGCAGCGACAGCCUCCCCCCGGGCUUUUCUCUGACGCUGGUGGGCUUCAGUAAAGGCUGUGUGGUUCUGAACCAGAUGGUGUAUGAGCUGGCCGAGGCCCGUCUGGACCCCCUGGUGUCUGCCUUCAUUCACUGCAUCACAGAGAUGUACUGGCUGGACGGGGGACACCCGGGAGGGAGUGAGACCUGGGUGACCGACAAGCAAGCACUAAAGGAGCUCGCAGCCAGCGAAGUGUCUGUUCACGCCCACGUAACGCCGUACGAGGUGUGCGAUCCAAUGAGGGCGUGGGUGGGCCGCGAGUACAGACUCUUCAUCCAAACCCUGGAGGAGUUCGGAGCGAGUCUCAGUAAGAAGCUGCACUUCAAGGACGAACCUCCAUCCAUCAACAACCACUUCAGGGUCAUCCAGGAAUUCUGAGUUCGAUGGAUGAACCGACAGAAAACCGCCACUCACGCAAAAAAAAAGGCUAACAUGCUACAUGACAUGCUACAUAUAAGUGUCUUAAACAGUGUGUGUUUCCGUCAGUAACUCGUCUUCCGUGUGUUCUGACCUAGUUCACAACGCACCAGUGUAUGGGGAUCAUGUCGCUUAGCACCACCUACAGGCCAGGGAAAAUGAGCAGACAAACACAAAAAACUACAAUAUUGUAACAAAAAUGUAUACUGUAUGCUAACACAUACUCACUGUGCCGACCCUGCGACGACGAAGAACGUCACCGACUUUGGUUUCCAGGGCAACGGAGCCGCUGUUCUUCUGCUGCUUUGGCCGUUGGUUAGUUCAACAACACAGGCACAAAAAUCCACACUGGUUCUUGAACAGAAUCAAUGACGUCACAAUGAUGGAUUCAUAUGAACGGUUCAUCUGAAUUACCGUUGGGCUAAAUGUGCAUGUUGUUUUGAAUGUGUUUGUUUCUGUAUGUGAUUGGAGAAAUGUCCGACGCCACCUGGGAUCGCCAUCGACACCAACUCGAACCUUGUUAGGAAGAAGAUAAAUAAAACGUGACCAGUGCAUUACUUGGCUUCUGUUAAUACCACAGGAGGGCGCAGUGGGUCAGUAGGAAGGGUAGAUGUCUUAUGACCAGGUUCUGGACUGGGUAGAGUACAUGUCGCCCCCUGGUGGCCUUGCUGUUGGUAAGUACAGCAAAUGGCUGAAAUAUGAAAAGUGCUUUAAAGUUGACAUGAUGUUAGAAAACUGGCCCUGUUGCCUAUGGGUUGUAGGUUUGAAUCCUGCAUCAACUGCGGGACAACAAAUUUUUAUCAUUCAUUGUCAUUUGUCCAUACUGCUGCACACUCAUUCAACAACAUGACAACGACAGUCCGGUCCAAACUGCUAAGUCCUUUAAUGACGACUGAGAUAAGGACAAAUACAAACGUCUUCAAGGUGAGAUGAUGUCAGCAGGCUGCUCUACCAGGAAAUAAAAAUAUACAAAAUUAAAUUAAAAUAGAACAAUCGCCUCUUAUACAGUCUGGCAGCUG